CUUUGAAUGAUGUCAUAGCUGCUUGCCCGGACUGUCCCAGGGACCCCCUGACGCUCCAGCAGCUGCAGAGCCAAGCCCGCCUGUCCCCGCCCGAGCCCUGCGCGCCCCCCGCGCCCAUGAGCGCGCUGGCCUCCCGCGCCGCCGCCGCCAUGCAGUCCUCCGGCUCCUUCAACUACGCGCGCCCCAAGCAGUUCAUCGCCGCGCAGAGCCGGGGCCCCGCGUCCGGCCACGGCACGCCGGCCUCCAGCCCCGGCUCCUCCAGCCUCCCGUCGCCCAUGUCCCCGACGCCCAAGCAGUUCGGCCGCGCGCCGCCCUUCGCCGAGCCCGAGGGCCCCUGGGGCCCGUCCUCGCUGUCGCUGUCGCCGUCGCCCCCGCCGCCGCCGCCCCCGGCCUUCAGCCCCGGCCCGGCCUUCGCGGGGCCCGACGUGUUCCCGCCGCCGCCGCCGCCCCCGCUCCCGAGCCCCGGCCCGACGCCCGCCGCCUUCCUGAGCGCCCUGCUGCCCUCGCAGCCGCCGCCCGCCGCCGUCAACGCCCUGGGGCUGCCCCGCGGCGUCACCCCCGCGGGGUUUCCGAAGAAGGCCGGCAGAACCGCUAGGAUAGCCUCCGACGAGGAGAUCCAAGGCACAAAGGACGCCGUCAUUCAGGACCUGGAACGGAAACUGCGCUUCAAGGAGGACCUGCUGAACCACGGCCAGCCGAAGCUAACAUACGAAGAAAGAAUGGCUCGCCGACUGCUAGGUGCCGACAGCGCGACUGUCUUUAACAUUCAGGAGCCAGAAGAGGAAACAGCUCAUCAGGAAUACAAAGUCUCCAGCUGCGAACAGAGGCUCAUCAGUGAGAUCGAGUACAGGCUGGAAAGGUCUCCCGUGGAUGAGUCGCGGGAUGAAGUUCCUUACGGGGAGGCACCUGUGGAAAGCGGAGUGGCACCGUUCUUCGAGACGAAGCUGAAGCACUACAAGAUCUUCGAGGGAAUGCCUGUCACUUUCACAUGUAGAGUGGCUGGAAAUCCAAAGCCAAAGAUCUACUGGUUUAAGGAUGGGAAGCAGAUUUCUCCAAAGAGCGAUCACUACACCAUUCAAAGAGACCUGGACGGGACCUGCUCUCUGCACACCGCAGCCUCCAGCCUAGACGACGAUGGAAAUUACACGGUUAUGGCUGCAAACCCUCAGGGCCGCGUCAGCUGCACCGGACGGCUGAUGGUCCAGGCUGUCAACCAGAGAGGCCGCAGCCCCCGCUCCCCCUCAGGCCAUCCUCACGUCAGAAGGCCUCGUUCUAGAUCAAGGGACAGUGGAGAUGAAAAUGAGCCCAUUCAAGAGCGAUUUUUCAGACCUCACUUCUUGCAGGCUCCUGGAGAUCUGACUGUUCAAGAAGGAAGACUCUGUAGAAUGGAUUGCAAAGUCAGUGGGUUACCAGCUCCAGAUCUAAGCUGGCAACUAGACGGAAGGCCCAUACGCCCUGACAGCGCUCACAAGAUGCUCGUGCGUGAGAACGGGGUGCACUCUCUGAUCAUAGAGCCAGUCACGUCACGAGACGCCGGCAUCUACACGUGUAUAGCCACCAACCGAGCAGGACAGAACUCGUUCAGCCUGGAGCUUGUGGUUGCUGCUAAAGAAGCACACAAACCCCCCGUGUUCAUUGAGAAGCUGCAAAACACAGGCGUUGCUGACGGGUACCCAGUGCGGCUGGAAUGCUGGGUGUCAGGAGUGCCGCCACCCCAGAUAUUCUGGAAGAAAGAAAAUGAAUCGCUCACUCACAGCACUGACCGAGUGAGCAUGCACCAGGAUAAUCACGGCUACGUCUGCCUGCUCAUCCAGGGAGCCACAAGAGACGACGCCGGGUGGUACACUGUGUCCGCCAAGAACGAAGCCGGGAUCGUGUCCUGCACGGCCAGGCUGGACGUCUAUACCCAGUGGCAUCAGCAGCCACAGAGCACCAAGCCAAAAAGAGUCCGGCCGUCUGCCAGUCGCUACGCAGCACUUUCAGACCAGGGACUAGACAUCAAAGCAGCGUUCCAACCUGAAGCCAGCCCGUCCCACCUGACACUGAAUACCGCCUUGGUGGAAAGCGAGGACCUGUAACCCAGCAUCCUGUCAACACGGAAACACUGAAACAGCCGUUGCCUUGACCAACAUACUCCUUUGUCACAUUAUGUAAAAGGUAGAAGCAUACCUUUAAGAAAUAAAAAAACACCAAAAUAACAUUUUUCUUACUUGAUAUACCAAACUUAGAGUUUAAGUAGGUAAUGCUAAUACAAGUGUACACAUUGCACAGAAAAUUCACAUUUAUUGUCCAAUUUAAUACUUUUGGAAUUGCUGUGAUUAAAGUGGUCUGAAAUGCCAAAAUGCUAAAGGAAAUCAGUUGUUCACAGGAAACCACAUUUGUAUUAUCUACAAGUGCCUUUAAACAUAAGCUAUAGGUGCUACAUAGCAUGAUAGUGUGAAUGUUUAACAUGAGGCAGUUGUACCACAAACACUUCUUACAGCGGUUCUAAGAUGCAGUGUAUUCAGACAGCUACAGUGAACCAAGUGCAAUAUGUAAGGAUGAAAAAGGAAGAAGGAAUGACAAAGAAACCCAAGUAAAUGCCUUGUCUUUACAAACUGUUUUACAUUAAAUCAUAAGGAACUACUUGCCUUAAAUUUUAUUAAUAUCAGGAGUUUUCUAACAAGGUCAAUACCUUAGUUCUUAACUUUUUUCUUUAUGUGUAGUAUUUUUCUUUCCAUGCUACCUUGGUAGGAAGCUUAUAUACAAACUGUAUUAAAAGGCUAAUUUAAAUAUAAAUAAUAUAAAGUAUUCUGAACAAAGCAGAAAUACAUUACAGUUCACGCCACAAAAGGUACCCAAACCACCCGAAUGACCAAGGCAUACAGUAUUUGGAGGAAACAGGGUUUGGAAGGAGCAGGAAGAAUGAAGGAAAGUGCCAGCAGCACAAUUAUAUUGUCUUCAUUUACGUAAAAGUAGAAGGGGCAGGAGAGGUGGCAGAGGCCAGGCUUUUCUGUGGUUUUCUUCAAAAUUAACCUCACGUGUAGGUGAGAAAACACUGCCACUGGCGAGUCAAGGACUCCAGGGUCAGCUGGAGGUUUGGAGCACCUGUGCUGCGGAAGUGUCAGUGUGUCUGACGUGCGUGCAGUAAAGAUUUUAGGCGUGUGUAGAGCAAGCUGAAAACGAUCGAGACCGUAAGGGAGGCACAAAUGAGAAGUUGCCUAUGGAUCUAGUCUACUUGAAGGAAACGGGGACAGGAGGAAAAACAAAAACAGGUGUGUGUCACGAUGGACUUUUUCAGUGGCACCAAGGGGUGGUGAGUGGAAAUCAUUAGUUCACUCCCUGCUGCCGCGCAACCUCGCCGUGAGGAGGCGCUGGGUUCCAAGCGGUGUGUAAGGCAUCUCAGCAGACACUGCUUUUGGAAUCAGAUGAUUCUGCUUCAGCUAGACUGAGUUGAUUCUGACCAGACUUGAUGGUUUUAAGUCGGAACCAAUACAUUUUAAAAAGAAAAAAUAAUUUGGCCUAAGUAGUAUACAACAUGAGGCUUUAAUGGUACUUUGCUAUGAAAAGAAAACACUGUAUUCCUUAUGCAAAACAUUUAUCUUUCAUUAUUUAUGUGUUGAACUUUCUUAGCUCAGUUACUCAAUUCAUACGUAGUAUUUUUUUAAAUAACUUUAUAUCUGUGUACCACCCCAUGUAUUUCAUAUUACUGCUUCACAUGUACAGCUUUCUGCUUUGUAAGAACACCAAGGAACCAGGUUUUAAACGAUAAUGGGCUGGAGCACCAGGUGGCAGUCAUUCUGUGCAGCGUGGUACGAGUUUCUUUGACCACACUUCUGUGCGUCGCAAAUUUGGAAUUUAAGAUACCAUACAAAGUCUCUCAUGGUCCUGUCUACAUUGUAGAAUUAUGACUUACAUCUUCCUUGCCAAAUUUUUCUGAAUGUGACUUUUUUGCUAAUUUGCUGGGUUUGGGAUUAAAUAGCAUUAUUUUGCCACCUUUAAGCUGUAUUUAUAGGGAAAAAAAGUACUAUCAUACUGCUUUGGAUUGUUGUGCUGGUGUAAUGUGGAUUUAACAUCAAUAAAUAUUUAACAAAUAAUA